GUUUUGACUUCUUUCAAUACUCCUCCCCGUCUUCCUCACUUGUCGCUUCCUCCGCCGUGGCUGGUGUCGCCGCCGCCGUUAUGAACGCCAUACGUCGAGCAAUCAUUGCCGAACGAAAACGCCUGCUCACACUCUCUCCCACGUCUAUCCUUCAAAAGCAACACGCUUCUUCCUCUAGUACUACCAGAAAUACGUUCCGAACUCUCAAGUCCUCCAAAACCAGAGCGUCUGAAGUAAGAUCACAACCGGCACCGGCACCGGCACCGGCACCGGCACCAGCAUCAUUACCUUCGACAACUAGCUCAUCUUCGAAUGACGUUCAGAAGGAACCAGUGACUUGGCCAAAACCUAGUGAGAUUCCAUGGCAAACGAAGGUCGUUAAUUCGGUGAGUUUGAUUGGGAAAGUUAAGAUUCCAGUUCAGUUUGAAGCUUCUUCUGAUGGUAAAAAUUGGGCCGGCACCAUCAUUUCUCUAGACGAUGCUUCUGAAACUUCCCCUUCUCUACCGUCUUUCUGGAUUCCAGUAAUUUUUGAAGGUGACCUGGCACAUAUUGCAAUGUGCCAUUUGAAGGAAAAGGAUUAUGUGCAUGUUGCUGGCCAUUUAACUGUGGAUGUCCCACCGUUUAAAUUAAGUGAAGUUCAAGCCAAUGUCCAGGUUAUGGUUCAUAGCAUAAAUUUUGUUCAAGUUUCUCAAUCAAAGGAAAUAUCUACACCAGGCAAGCUGGAUAAGUGGACUACUAAGAAUUCAGCAAUUCCGAAGAACAAUAUUUUUGCUCAACAAUCUUGUAAGGAACUCAAUCUUAUGUCUAAACAGCCAAGCACAUCAUCAGAGAUGGUUGUAGCAUUUGAAGGAAAUCACGGUCAGUUACUUAACGGUGCUGAAUCUUCCCCAGUCCAUAACUCAAAGGAAGUGGGGCGUUUGCAUUCUGAUCGUAAAGCUGAUAGACAAAGCAUCCAGGCUUUUUGGAGGGAUCUUCUAAUUAAUUCGGAACAGUGGCUGGAUAAUCGUGAAAGCAAGCUCAAGGGCUUGGUGAAAGCCAAAUACCCAGACUUCAAACACAAAGACACUGGUGUCGGGCUGUGGCUUAACAAUGCACCAGCGGAGGUGUUACAAGGGCUUGGCCAGUUAAAGUUUUCUAGUAAGGGCGAAAAGGACGGUGAUUCUUGGAAACAUUUGGUCGAAAAUCCUAAUAAAUGGUGGGAUAACAGAGUGGAUAAGAGAAAUCAGAAGGCACCAGACUUCAAACACAAAGAUUCUAAUAAAGCGCUAUGGCUAGGAGACGCACCUGCCUGGGCAUUAUCCGGCUUGCCACCUCUGAAAGCUAAAACAGUUGAUGUAGAUACGAAAAAGGCAUGGAGGUCAUAGUAAUUUCAGCCGAUUUGCAGAAAAGUUGAUGAGUUUCAAGGCUGAUGCUAAAAGUACUUGCUCCCCUACAGACAACUAACUUUCAGGUACGUCAAAGGAAGCAUAGAUCUGUUGCUUCUUUCCCCUUCAUAUCAUUGGAACUGCAAGCUUUUAACGUGCUUAAGAUCUUCAAGCUGUAUAUGCCAUCUUGCAGACUUCUGCCCGUUUUAUAACAUCUUUCAUUCAUGGUUGACACUUGACGCAGUAUGUCCAUUACAUUCACUUGGACCGGUUUUUUCUUCCUAGUUUUCCAGCUUCUCCUAGAAACCAUCACAAGACAUUCAUUUGAAAACCAUUCUUCACUCAUCGUCUCUUCUGUUUAUCAUGAAACUCUCUGCGUUUUUGUGUAGAAAGUUUUGUAUGUUUUUUUAAUAUCGGCACUGUUUAUUAAAAAGAUGUUGGCUUAGGGUCCGU